AUGAGCCUGACCUCGACGUCCCGCUCCCCACGGCCCGGCCGAGCCGCGCCCCCCGUCAGCCCGCCAACAAUAUCUCCCGUCGUGGAGCUGAACGUGGGGGGCGAGAUCUACACCACUACCUUGGGCACCCUAAGAAAACUUCCGGGCUCAAAGCUGGCAGAUAUGUUCUCCAGCUCAGCCAAGGCAUGCACGGAUACUGAGGGCCGCUUCUUCAUCGAUCGCCCCGGCACCUAUUUCGGAGCAAUCCUGGACUACCUGCGCAGCGGGCAGCUGCCCACACAGCACAUCCCGGAGGUGUACCGUGAGGCUCAGUUCUACGAAAUCAAGCCUUUAGUCAAACUCCUGGAGGACAUGCCGCAGAUCUUUGGUGAGCAGGUGGCUCGGAAGCAAUUUUUGCUGCGGGUGCCAGGUUACAGCGAGAACCUGGAGCUCAUGGUGCGCCUGGCGCGCGCAGAGGCCGUGGCGGCGCGCUGCUCCAACGUCCUGGUCUGCGCUGUGCGCACGGAGGAAGAUGCUGCGUACUGCGCGGAAUCCUUGCGCGUCCUGGAGGCGGACAAGAGGUUAGUGGUCAAAUUCGGGCCUUGGAAGGCGGCCCCGGCCAUCAGGGACCUACUGGACUCGGUGCGGAUGGACAUUGAGGCGCAGGGGUACCAGGUGGCCUAUGAGUACUGCUCCAAGAAGACACUCCAGCUUAAGUCAGGGGCCUACGAAUACUUCUAUACGUUCCGAUUCACUUGGUGGUGAUUCUCAGGGUGGGGGGGCUGUUUGUUAUGGGCUCUAAGUGGGGCUUAUGAAAUUAAAAGUUGCCUUCAGAA